AUGCACGAGUGCCUGACCUGUGAUCAUCAGUUCUUUUAUCGAGAUGAAUGUGAUCAUCACAUGACCCAAUGCGGUCAUUGGAUCGAGUGUGAGACUUGUUCACGAGUUUUCCGGUCUCACAGUGCAUGCCGCCAGCAUAUGAACACCCUGGACCACUGGGCUCCGGUCUUUCCAUGCCAGUCUUGUGACCGCGAGUUUCGCAGUGAGAAUGCUUCCAUUCAGCAUAUGAACGCCGUCGGCCACUGGAAACCUCGGUUUCAAUGCCAGAAAUGUCCUGAGAAAUUUCACAAUCCGGGUGCCGCAGAGAAGCACAUGGAUAUGCUCAACCAUUACCGGAACUAUUGCAAACCGUGUGAUCGCCACUUCCAGAAUGAAAGCAAUCUUCGUGCGCAUCUGAAUUCAAAGACCCACCGCGGAACUACAGCAGCCUGUCCUUUCUGCAAAGGCAGUUUCGUAACCGCCAGCGGUGUCUUUCACCACCUGGAACAAGGUUCUUGCCCAAACGCUCCUAGCAUGAACCACGAUACAAUAUUGCGCAUGGUGCGACAAAGCGACACACAUGGUAUCAUUACCAACAAGCAGAUUGAAUGGCACAAGGAACAGCAGGGGCAGUACUCCGCGACUAAUCGUGCCUACAACGGCCAGGCCUGGGAAUGCUACUUGUGUCAUAGAGAGUUCAACUCACCCAACUCUCUCAACCAGCAUGCAAAUUCCCCGGUUCAUCAACAAAAAGGUUACCACUGUCCUAAUAAGAGAGCGAACUGUGUGAAGCAGUUUGUUUCCCUCGCGGGGCUUUUUAAUCAUUUUGAAAGCGAGUCUUGCGGUUUCAUUAGGUUUGAGCGGGUUCAGCGAGUUCAGCAGCAGUUGGCUGGCACUAUCAUGGGGCGGAGACUUCUAAUCGCCUCCUCAUUUGGUCAUGGUUGA